UUAUUUACUUUUCAGGAUAAAGCUAGAGCUAAGCAAAAAAAUAGCCAGGUGGCAACAACCCGUAUCAUUUCAGUUCCACAUCCAAGCCUCUUGCAGUUCAUACCUGUAAGGAAAUCUUAACCAGAUUGAAAUAACAUAUAAAAUAUGUUUAUCUCUGAAUAUCUUCUGUUUUCUUCUUAUAGGCAAAUGAAGAUGUAAAUAGUAAAACAUCUGAAAGAGGUUCUCUACAAAAGCAACCAUUUCUGUUGUGCUGCACAAAUAUGGACCAAAGAAAAGGCCCAUUCUUUGUCCAAGUAGAAACUCAUUUGUUUCCUGUGGGGAACGACCCUCUACGUGCUUUUGAUAGACUCUUUAAAUUGCACUACAUGUUUGACGUAAAAUAUGCAGCUCCUCUUCUGAACUUCUAUAAUUUUUUUGAAUCCAUUGUUUACAAUGGACUCAAUACCCCUAAGAGUUGCUGCGACAGCUUAAAUUCUAUUUUAAGUGCAAUAGAAAUUCAGCCAGAAUCAGCAGAGACUACGUUUGAUUUUGAUUCAGAAUUGGAAUUUAUGGAGUAGAAGAGUUUAUAUCAGUAUUUAUAUCAGUAUCAGUAAUAAAUCAGUAUUUGUCACAAUAAAGUUUUUAUUUUUAUACUAAAGCUGAAUUUGCAAAUAAAAA